AUGGCAGAUGGAACAACUCCUUUGAAGGUGAUUGGCACUGUGCAAUUAAUAAUCAAGAUUAAAGACAUGAUUACAACGAUUAUGGCAUCUGUAGUUAAGGAUUUACUCACUGAGUGCAUCAUUGGAACCGAUUACAUCACAAAAUACGGUUUACAAUUUGAUGCUGGGAAAGAAACUAUCACAGUGUGUCAACAACAUCAUAAGAUUACCAUCCCAAUGAAUAAACAGGAUAAUCCUGUUCGAGUGCCAUUGAUAUUAACAGAUUCGAUCCGAAUACCACCACAGCAACAGGUCACUGUAAGAGUGUCUGCUUGUAUAUCAUCGUCCAAGGUGUUAUUCAAGCCAUCAUACAACCUUAAACAACAAAUUCCGGUGUUUAUGCCAAAUUCUCUUACAGACAUUCAACAGUAUUCAGCAUUGAUUCCAAUUUAUAAUCCAACUAAUUAUCCAUGUUAUUUAUCCAAAGGAGUGAUUAUCGGUGUUUCAACAGUGCCAACUAAACAACAACUAGAAGUGAAAUCACCGUCAAGGAAGCUUAGCUUACAAGAACAUAUUGAGAACAUGGUGAAACAUAUUGAAGAUACUAAUCAAUGA